GCGGGGAGCGCCGGGAAGGCGGUGGCGCGCGGCCUCUCGGGAGCGCGGCGGGCGCGCGGCACGCGGGCGGUGCGCGGUCCCGCGGGGGGCUCGGCCGGGGCGCGCCGCGACACGUGGUCGGUGCCGGGAUUGGCGACAGCAGCAGCGGCGGCGGCAGCGAUGGCGCAGCUCACGGCGCGGUUCCGCACCGAGAACCGCAGGUUCGCCGUGGAGGAUGUGCCCUUCUCGGUGCCCACGACCUCCGAGACCACCGACCUCAGCCAGCUCAUCAACAAGCUGCUGGCGGCAGCGCACGAGGAUCACAAGUAUGUGGAAUUUGACUUCCUUAUCAAUGGCCAGUUCUUGCGAUUGCCGCUGGUCACACACAUGGAAAUGGAAAAUAUUUCCACAGAAGAAGUGGUGGAAAUAGAGUAUGUGGAGAAAUACAUGGCCCCUCAGCCAGAAGAAUGCAUCUUCCAUGAUGACUGGAUCAGUUCUGUUCAAGCCACUGAAGAAUGGAUAUUAACUGGCUGCUACGAUCAGACUGCUCGGAUCUGGUCUGUGGAAGGAAAAUCCAUCAUGACAAUAGCUGGGCACACAGAAGUAGUGAAGGAUGUGGCGUGGGUGAAGCAAGAUAGUUUAUCGUGCCUGUUACUCAGUGCUUCCAUGGACCAAACUGUUCUGCUCUGGGAGUGGAACGUGGAGAAGAACAAAGUGAAAGCCCUUCACUGCUGUAGGGGACACGCUGGAAGUGUCGAGUCCGUGGCUGUUGAUUGCACAAGAACCAAAUUCUGCAGUGGAUCCUGGGAUAAGAUGUUAAAGAUCUGGUCUGCAGUACCUACAGAUGAGGAAGAUGAAAUGGAAGAAGCAGCUAACAGGCCACGGAAAAAGCAGAAAACUGAACAGCUGGGAUUAACAAGGACUCCCCUGACAACCCUCUCUGGCCACACAGAAGCCAUCUCCUCUGUGCUGUGGUCAGAUGCUGAAGAAAUUUGCAGCGCAUCAUGGGACCACACCAUUAAACUCUGGGAUGCUGAGACUGGAGAUCUCAAAUCAACUUUGACAGGAAACAAAGUGUUUAAUUCUGUCUCCUACUCACCCCUGUGUCGACGUCUUGCAUCAGGGAGCACUGACAGACAUAUCAGACUAUGGGAUCCUCGCAGCAAAGAUGGCUCCUUGGUUCUCCUGUCUCUGACUUCUCACACAGGCUGGGUGACAUCUGUGAAGUGGUCACCUACCCACGAGCAUCAGCUCAUCUCUGGUUCUCUGGACAACAUUGUGAAGCUUUGGGACACAAGGAGUUGCAAAGCUCCUCUGUAUGACUUGGCUGCUCACGAAGACAAGGUUUUGUGUGUGGACUGGACAGAAGCAGGGCUGUUACUGAGUGGAGGAGCAGACAACAAACUGUAUUGCUACAGAUACCCAGCUACAGCCUCUGAUGUUGGGGCAUGAAGGUCAACAGCCAGAAGACUUUUUUAAAAACAAAGAUUUUUCCAGCAGUUGCUCUCUAUUAGCAUGUCUACACAAUCAACUUCAGAAGAAAGGAGGAAUUUGUUGCUCAGAGAGCUGUUCCUGGUUUUGUAUUGGUAAGCUAUAUCUGUAUUUGUCACAGAAAAAUAGCAAAGCCCAAAUGGGAUUCAUGUGAAACAAAGCAAAAGUCAUUUCCUCCCUUUUGAUGGCUUUGAACGAACAUCUUUUUAAAUUACUAUUUGUAUAGCCCUUUUAAUAAGAAGUAAACUGUUUGCUGAUACCUACAGAAAAACUACUCACUGACUAAAUUAUUUUUUGAGUUUACCUGCUUUCCAUUGGAAAAAAAAAUACAGCUUUUAUCAACA